AUGGAGUUUCCUUUUGGCCAGAAAGUUUUCAGUACAACCCAACCACACCCAUCCAAGAGCUCGAUCAUGCAAGGCCAUGAAUUGACAAAUAAAAUUCAGGAUUUUUCUAGAUUGUCUAAAACCGUAUUGAUUGAUCCAACAUCAACCAAUUGUAUAUCAAUUCAACCUUUGGAAAUGUUCGACAACUUUGAAUUCCCAUCAAUCAUGAGCGAUUAUAGUGUCAAUUAUAGUGUCAAUCAGAUUUAUGUCCCGAUUAAUCGUGUGUGUUCUCCACAUAACUUUGCAAGCGAGAGAUCAACCACUGUCAACAAGCUGGUUAAAAAUGCAAAACCGGUAAAAAACAAAAGAGGGCGCUAUGUUAGAAAGAGCUCUUGGACAUCUACACAAGUAACUUCGCUGAUUGAUGACGGGCAUACAUGGAGAAAAUAUGGUCAAAAAGAGAUUAUAGAUGCAAGACACAAAAGGAACUAUUAUAGGUGCACCCACAAGUUUGACCAAGGCUGUCAAGCAACCAAACAAGUUCAAAAGAUUGAAGAUGAGCCACAAAAAUAUAAAAUCACAUAUCAUCGACACCACACUUGCAAGAAUUUCCUAAGAACCCCUCAAAUAUUUUUGGAUACGGCAGACCAUAAUGAUACAUCUGUCCUUCUAAAUUUCGAGUCAAAUGAGCUCAUUUUGAAUGACAAAUUAGUUGCCCAUUUUCCUUUACAUACACAAGAAGAACCAACAUAUCAUUUUUCGUCUCUAGAGUCAAUGGAGAAUCAAUCAUCAAUGUUUGAUAAUAAUAAUAAUCCACCCCAUAAUCUUAUUAUCUCGGAUUCCUCUAGGUUGGAACCUAGAGAAAAGAUAAUUUCAACGGGAUUAUAUUCACCAAUUUAUGAGAUCGACCAUAUACUUGAAGAUAUCGAUUUGAGUGAAAUUCCAUUUGAUUUUACACAUUGACAGCCUACGUAUUUGUAUUGGUUGUAAUUAUUAUAUGAAUGUAUAAAUGGCCAGCAAAUAACAUGAAAAAUGUGAUCCAAUUUGUUUGUAUAGAAGUCUAUAUAUUCAAAGUAAGCGAUUUCACUUCAUUUGUUAACUUCUAAA